AUGAAAGAUUACAAAAAUAGUGACAGUAACAACUGUGGUUAUAAUCCUAGGAAUAUGAAUAAAUAUGAUAAAAAUUAUGUUGGAAAUAAUAAUACUACAGAUACGAAUACUAGUGACAAUAAUACUAAUGAUAAUAAUUUGAGUGAUAGUAAUACAAGUGACAAUAAUACGAGUGACAUGAAUUUAAGUUCUAAUAAUAUAAAUGAUAUAAAUAAAGGAAAAGGGUACAACAUAAUAGAUAAUAAAAAUAAUAAUAUAUUAUUGGGGAAUAAAAUGAAUUGUAAAUAUGUAAGUUAUGAAUGUGAACAUAUAUUAUUUUUAUCAUCUUUUCAAUUAUCAUUUUCAUUUAUAUUUUCUAUGUAUUGCCAAUUUUAUUAUUUAUCAAUAAUAAAUAUGGGUUUAUUUGUAACCUCUAUAUUACAUUGGAGAAAACCAGAACUAGGGUUAAGAAGAAAUAUUGACAUAGCUAUGAUGUUGUGUAGUAUAAUAAUGCACAUAAUAUAUUCGUUUUAUAUAAAUUCAUUAUGUGUAUUCAUUUGUUUUUGUACAUCUGUACUUCUAGCGAGCCUUUAUUUUAUAGGGAAAAAAUUUAGUUACAAUUCAUACAGUACUUUAUAUCAUUUGUUUAUACAUACUCUUGGUAAUUUAUCAGCCAUUACCAUAUAUUAUAUUUCCAAAAAAAAAUAUAUCAAUAAUUCAUAA